UUAUUGUUUUUACUGCUGAUUUCCUGUUUAAAGUAUGACUUUGAGAGCGCAACCUGCAAAGAGUAAGCCCAUAAAGAAUGAUGGUAAACCAAGAUGUAAAUGAAUUAUUGUAUGAGAUUCAAACCAAUAAAUCAAUUUUCCCACGUGACUUCUAACUUGUUCAAAUGGGAUGGUCUCCAGACAGCCACCUUCUCCGCAAUCCUCUAGAGUAGAAAUUUAACUCGGAUUGUAAACCUUGUAGCGGUUGAUUAGAGAGGGCAGCCUGACAGUUAUACGAGUCGUUCGGUAAUCAGCUGUUUCUGCAUCUUGGUGGAGUAAAGCAACAAAAAAGAUCACUAUGAAUAUCCAGUCAGUUAUCAACAGGGAAGUGUUUUCCCCCCGGGAUGAGAGGAUACUCGUGGCUGUGGAGGUUAAGAGGAGAAAAAGGAAAAAGGUUCCCUUUUUGCCCACUGGAGGCAAGGGAGAAUAUAUGACAUACAUCUGUCUGUCAGUGACCAAUAAGAGGCCAGCCCAGCUCCUCAUCACCAAGGUCAAGCAGUUUGGAGGCUCUGCCCCCUUCACCAGGAGGUCACAGUGGAGCGUGGAGCAGCUCCGCCAGGUCGAUGGCAUCGACCCCAACAAGGACUGCCCAGAGUUUGACCUGGUGUUCGACAAUGCCUUUGACCAAUGGGUGGCCAGCUCAGCGGCAGAGAAGUGCAUCUUCAUCCAGAUCAUGUACCACGCCUGUCAGACCUACUGGGAGGGCAAGGAGCGGGUCCCUGGUGGCCUGGGUAGCCCAGCUGGAGACCAGCAGAAGGACCAGAGAGCUAGUCCAGGGGCCCAGGUUAGCCCGGGGUCCCAAGGGGGCCAAAGAGGCGGUCCAGGGGCCCAGGCUAGACGGAAGAGCACAGUGGGUCCCAGGCCCCGCCAGACUGAAUUUGUCAACUGUCAGUCCAAACUCACAGGAGAUGCCUGCACUGUGAAUCUGGUCAUCUACCGUUGCAAGGUCUUCUUCAACCGCAUGAAGAAGGUGAUGGUUUCAAAACAAAGCAGUCCUCAGGCUGGAGCCGGUCACAGAGCAAGUCCCAGUGGGCAGCGCCCCCCAGGGGCCAGUAUGGCUAGUGUAGUCAAGAGGGCAAGCCAGGCCCUGCAGGAGCGUGGGGAGAGACUGGGCCGUGCCGAGGACAAGACAGUAGACCUGAUGCACAAAGCCCAGCAGUUUGCAGACACUGCCCACAAGCUGGCUCUGAAGUAUUCAAACUAGAGGCAUCUCUUCCUGUGGGUCCGCUCCUGGCGUCCGUGGCCCUAAUUCACCUGUUGAUUCUAUGUAUAAUAACUUCUAUACUAAUGUUGGACUGAGGCAUAGUUUAGUUGAAACCCAGUGGACGAUGUUCUGUGAGGAGUGGAGGGUUGUGGUACUUGCUCUUAGAACAUUGACUAUGUCAAAAAGACAUGGAAACCUUUACAGACGGGCAGUGGGGAGGACGGCCCAGUUAUGGACCUCGGAGUUUAAGAAUGACCUUUAACCUCCAGAAUGGGACCUGUGGAUCACAUGACGGUGUCUUUUCAUGGCAUAGCUAGCUGGUUUACUGGAUGGCAAUGUUGUCACAAUGCUCCCACUACUUGAGUGUACUUGUCUUCCCUGCUUCAGUAGCCUGUGUUCUGAUGAUUUAGAUUUUGGGGGUUUCACAUGUUUUUAGAUAUUUUAAUAUUGGCAUAUGAAUUCUCAGUAAUAAGCUUUUCAGAAUUCACGUGUCUUCUCCGCUAUGGAAGUAUAUUUCAAUUGUGGUUUUGCCCGUUACAUAAAAAAUUGAUUCAAUUCAUUUUACCUAUGGGGGGGGGGGGGAUUACAUAGUCAUUUAAUGUUUGAAUGGAGUUGAAUGUGUAAGUAUGGCUAUUUCAGGUUAUUGCCUUAGUCUUGUGCUAGCUGGUACAGGGGUAUGAGGAACACUUUUUUAUUUUCUUUGCAUGGGGAUGCUUUAGUAAGUAUAGUCUUGAUUUCUUGGCACUUUCUAAAUAUGACUAUUGUAUUGGUUCCUAUAUUGCACUAUAAUUUGUUUUGCUUUAAUUUGGUUCCACUAUUUUUCACUGCUAAAUUCCUCCACUACCCUCUCCCUGCUUGCAUCAUCCAUUGAUUAGUCAUUAAUCACUAUUUAAACCAUUGAUUAGUCACUGAUCACUAUUCCAAAUUCAAGUUGAUAAUCUAUCUGAUCCUUGUCUAUGGUCUUUGUCUAAUCAUGUGUGAGUCAUUGAUCCCCUGUCUUGUCACGUAUGUGUUUUUGUCUCUUGUACCAUAUGUAUCGUAAUUACAUGUCUCAUGCCCUUUUAAUCUUUAAUUGCUGGUUCCAUGUCAGAGACUUGAGUACAGUCGGUAUAAUGGUGGGUUUGUGUAUGUAGACCAGGGCUCUUCUAGGUGAGGUUGUAAGCAAGAUAUGGAACGUUGACUGUGAAGAAUUGCGUGUGUGAUCAUAAUCUCGUCCACACAGCCGGCUCUCUAUGUGGUAGCAAUUGAGCCUGGGGACGAGGUUCAUGUGCUGACGGUUCAGAAGGCCACUGUAGAGAAGAGACUUCUGAGUUGGUUAGUGAUGAGGGUCAGAAAGGCUUGUAAGGUUUAGUUGAGUGCUCUUGCGUAGGCCUGUGGUUGUUGAAUUUCUUUCGAUGCCUAAUAGUGUUUUUUUUGUACACAACACUAAUAACUAAAUAAAUUGAUAUGCUUUAUCAACUGGGACAACAUAUCCCACUUCAUGCUUAACCUGUCAUGGAGUGAGAGGGAAGCCUAAUCUGUCUUUCAACUACUCGUAUCUGAAUGAGACUUAAUUGUGGCAGUUAACUAAGGAGACAAAUCCUAAAAUGGCACUUGUCCUGACUGUGCAUGCUUUCUGUUGCUAUGUUACUGUUGGUGAUCUGAUGAAAGAUUGGCUAGAAUCUAGAUUAGUUGAAAAGUGCCUACACUACCUUUUUUAUGUUCUGAUCAUGGAGUUCAAACCAUGAACUGAUGUUAUUAUUGCUAGAAAUGCUGACUAUUUAACAUAGUCUUAGAACAGUUCUUGAAGCUCUGUUUAGUGUCAAUGUUAACAUGAGAUAUGUACUGUUUUUAAUGAGAACUUCAAUGAUCUUAACACUCCUCUUUUUGACCCAAUAAAUGAAAUGGGACCCGUC